AUGCUAUUGGUUGACACAUAUGAGCAGAAGAUCGAGCAGGAUGAGGAUCUGAAGCGACGCAUCGCUCAGUCGCGACCGCACAAAAAGCUUACCUCGCGACGUGUCUAUUUAGAUCUACUACGAAAAGACGACGUUCUCUCACAUGGUGCCGUUACCAACGAAUACCUUAUCAAAUGUAAUCUGGAGGCGCUUGGUAUCGAGGGCAUGAAGAAGAAAGAUGUUCAUCUGGAUUCGGAUCGACGCCUAUCGUUGUAUGCCUAUACGCAUGACACAUUUAGCUUACUGCUGGUGCCGAUGAUCAAAGAGAAAAAAGAAGCGCUCGGUUCCAUGGGCAACGAUGCGGCAUUGGCAUGUUUGUCCGACUUCAACCCUUUGAUGUUCGCCUACUUCCAGCAAUUAUUCGCCCAGGUCACGAAUCCGCCAAUCGACCCGUUCCGUGAACAGAUUGUGAUGAGUUUGAGAUGUCCUGUUGGUCCGGAAUCGAAUCUGCUUGAACCAAAUGAAGAGAUGAACAGCCGGCUCAUUCUUGAGCAACCAGUGCUUUCGCUAGUCGACAUGAAGGUCAUCAAGCGAACAAUGUAUAAGGGCUGGCGUAGCAAGACGAUUGACAUCACGUUCCCGGUGAGAUAUGGAGUGAAAGGCUUAGUACCUGGCCUGGAUAGAGUGUGCUGUGAGGCGUGCACAGCGGCAUUGGAAGGCUACCAAAUACUUGUGCUUUCGGACCGGGCAGCUAGUAAGGACAAUGUGCCCAUAUCGUCGCUGUUAGCCGUCGGGGCCGUACAUCAGUGUCUCAUUCGACACCGUCUGAGAAUGAAGGUCAGUAACUAUCAAAGAAUAGCUCAGAACUGUAUAAUGAUGCAAUAUGGAAGCUAG